CAACAGUUUCGUUCGGCAUUUGACAUUUGCACAGCGAGUGAAUUACAACAAAUACCAAUAACAUUUAGUUAUUCGAUUGCAUUUAGGAGUUAAACAAAUACAUUUUUUGAUUACUGGUGAUGUCAGAGCUGCGCUCCAAAGUUAUCACUCUCUACAAGCACUUACAAUAUUUGGGCCGUGAUUAUCCCGGCCUUAAUGGGCCGCAAAAGUUCCGACAACAGGUGAAGGAUGCGUUCAUAAGGAAUAGAGAUGAGCGCGAUCCCAAAAAGAUCGUUGCUCUCUUGGCGCAGGGACGUUAUCUCGCCAAGGAGGUGGAGGCACUGUAUUCCCUCAAGAAAUACCGCAGUGUCAAGCAGCGUUACAGUGACCAACAAAACUAAGCGGACAUGCAUACAGAAUUAAUGGACUGAAAAUUGAACGAGAAUAUGAUUCAACAAAAUGCUUUUGUUUUUAUUGAAAAGAAACCAACCAACACACACACACACAUACAAAUACAUUAAAUAUUAGUUUCGAAUGUCUUGUCAAUGUUUAACUUUAAGUUAUUGUUGAAUAAAAAGCGCCAAUGUCAUUGAAUAACCAAAAAAGCAAAAGAAGACAGUGACAAAAUUAAAAA